GCGCGGACCCGCCCAGCUAGCGAAGCUUGAUGUGGAUACCGGACAAUUCGUCGCGACGGACGCGUCGUGUCUUCCCCUCCAGCCCUCAACCGUGGCAGAUGCGCCAGACUGCAGACUACGGCCCCCAGUCUGAAUCUUGCCGCUGUGAGCUUCUCCCGGCCUCGUGGGAAAGAGAAGCUGGGUCCCCUGAGCUCAAUCGCCUGUUUUGCGUGCUGCCGCGACCGCAGCAGCAGCCGUCGCAAUCAUGUUCAUAAAACAGAUCAUCAUCCAAGGCUUCAAAAGCUACAAGGAGCAGACCGUCAUCGAGCCCUUCUCGCCGGGCACAAACGUCAUCGUCGGACGAAAUGGCUCCGGCAAGAGCAACUUCUUCGCCGCGAUUCGCUUCGUGCUCAGCGAUGCAUACACCCAGAUGAGCCGCGAGGAGCGCCAGGCGCUGCUCCACGAGGGCUCCGGCUCGGCCGUCAUGACCGCCUACGUCGAGAUCAUCUUCGACAACACCGAUGACCGCUUCCAUACCGGAAACAAGGAGGUUAUCAUCAAGCGGACCAUUAGUCUCAAGAAGGACGAGUACUCGAUCGACAGGAAGGUCGUCCAGUCACGAAACGAAGUCUUUAGUCUGCUCGAAAUGGCCGGGUUCUCGCGCGUCAACCCCUACUACAUUGUGCCCCAGGGCCGUGUGACGGCCUUGACAAACAUGAAAGAGUCGGACCGUCUCAAGCUGCUCAAAGAGAUUGCGGGUACUGAGAGCUAUGAGUCAAGACGCACAGAGUCGCGCAAGAUCAUGGCAGAGACCAUCAACAAGCGGGAAAAGAUCGAUGAGCUGCUCAAGGACGUCAAGGAGCGCCUGACGGAGCUCGAGAAAGAAAAAGAAGACCUCCGAAAUUUCCAGGUCAGCGACCGGGAACGCCGAUGCCUCGAGUACGCCUACAACUUCUACCACCAGCAGACUCUCACCGAGACCCUCGAGAGUAUCGAACAGGCUCGCUUGGGCGCCGAUGGAAGCAGCGAGUUCCAGCAGGCGCUGGCGGAAAACGAGAAGACGAUUGCUCAACUCGAAGACAGGCUAUCUCAUCUUCAGCGGUCCAUCGGAAUGUCCGAAUCAGAGAGGGGAAGCUUGGAGAAGGAGCGCCGCGAGGCAUCGUCGACCAUGGCAAAAGUUGAGCUCAGGCUGAGGGAACUGUCCCAGGUUCAGAGUACCCAGCAGGAGACAAAAAAGGAGCGUGACGGGGAGCUGAAGGCCGUGAGGGCUGCCAUCAAGUCAAAAGAGGCUGAGCUCGCCAAGCUGAUUCCCGAAUACACCAAGAGGAAACAGAAGGAGGACAAGGUCAAGCAGCAGUUCGAAGCCGCCAAGGCCGCUCGCGAGCGACUGUAUGGCAAGCAGUCGCGCAACUCCCGGUUCAAGACCAAGGCCGAACGCGACGCUUAUCUACAAGAAACGAUCAGCGGUCUCAACCUUUCGCUCACGACCCACAAGGCGAACCGCUUCGCCGUGGAAGAAGACAUCAACGAGACGAAGGCGGCGAUUAAGAACCUGGAGGCUGAGAUCUUGCGCCUGCGGCAGGACCUCGAUUCGCGGGUUGGUCGCAAAACGGAGUUGGACACGCAGCUCAGGGAGGCCACCGAACAACUGGACACGCUCAAUGACGAGAGGCAGGAGCUACGGCGAGAGUAUGGGAAGCUCGAUGCCAAACUUACGAGUGCCAGGAAGCAGAAGGAGAGGGCCGACUCAAGGCUUGCGCAAGUCAUGGAUGGGUCGACGGCACGCGCCCUUGACACGAUUGCGCGGCUGAAGAGAAAGCAUGACAUCCCAGGCGCAUACGGCAUCCUAGCGGACCUGAUGGAGGUCGACGAGGCAUAUCGGAUCCCUGUCGAGCAAGUGGCCGGAAACAGCCUGUUCCACUACGUAGUGGACAACAAGGAGACUGGCACGAUGCUCCUCGAGAUGCUGGACAAGGAGAGAGGUGGCCGCAUCACCUGCAUGCCGCUGGCUCAGCUGCGGCCUAGGGCCGUCAACAUGCCCCGAACCAACAGCGCGUUUCCCCUUCUCCAGAAGAUCACGUUUGACGGCGAGUACAAGAAGGCGUUUGAGCAGGUGUUUGGGAAGAGCGUGCUUUGUGCGUCUCGUGACGUGGCCACGCAAAUCUCGCGGACCCACAACGUCGACUGUGUCACGAUGGAUGGCGAUACGACUUCGAAAAGGGGCGCUGUUAGCGGCGGUUAUACGGACCCAACAGCAUCCCGUCUGAGCUACGUUCGUGAGGUCAAUCGACUCAGGAAGGAAUUCGAGGAGCUCCAGUCCGAAUCGAACACGGUCGGCAGGCAAAUCGAAGUCAAGGGUCAGGAGAUCACCACGGCGCUGGGCCACCACAGGAGGCUUGAGGAAGAGAUGCGUCGCCUUGACGGAGACUUCAGGAGCAAAGAUAGCGAGCUGGCCUUCAGGCGGUCAGAGCUCUCUAACAAGAGAAACCAUCUCGAGACGGUCACCCAGAGUCUCGAGACGGUCGACAGUGAUAUGAGAGGAUUUGACGAGAGUCUAUCGGCACUCGAGGCGGAGCUGAACAGUGAUUUCAAGAAGGCGCUGACAGCGCAAGAGGAAGAGCAACUUCAGCUUCUUGGAGAGCAGGUGACGGAGCUUGGGAUGCAGCUGGGAGACUGCAGUAAGAGGCGUGGCGAGUUGGAAAAGAAGAAGCAGAUUCUGGAAAACGACCUGAACCAGAACCUGCGGCGCAAGGAGGAUGAGCUCACCGGUCUGGCGCGCGAAGACGCUACAGCGCCCGCCAGCAGCAUGGGAGGCGCGGGCAGCUAUGAUGACGCGCUCAAGCAGCAGAAGAAGCUCCAACGCAAGAUCGCGUCGCUCGAUGCCGCGUUCCAGGCGGCUGAGGUCAGCAUGGAGGAGGCAGCGACCGAAGCGGCAAAGCUCGAAAAGGAAAAGCAAAAGAAAGAAGAAGAGCGCGACGAGCUCAAGGCGCUAAUCGAGAAACUGCAGAAAAAGCUCGAGAAGGGAUUGCAGAAGAAGGCGCUCAUCACCUCGCAGAUUGCCGAGUUCGCCAAGAACAUUCGAGACCUUGGAGUUCUGCCUGAAGAGGCCUUUGACAAGUACGAGCGGAUGGAGCUCAAAAGGAUUGAGAGUAGGCUCGCCAAGGUCAACGAUAACCUGAAGAAGUACAAACACGUCAACAAAAAGGCGUUUGAGCAGUACAAUAGCUUUACCACACAGCAGGAGCACCUGAUCAAGCGGCGCAAGGAGCUCGACUCGUCCAAACAGUCCAUCGAGGAGCUGAUCAACCACCUUGACCAGAAGAAAGACGAGGCCAUCGAGCGCACAUUCAAACAGGUGUCGCAGGAGUUCAGCCGUAUCUUCGAGCUGCUGGUGCCCGCCGGCCAGGGUCGGCUCGUGAUUCAGCGCCGCGCCGACAACCGACCUGUCGAGCAGGAUUCCGACGACGAGCAGCGGCACACGGUGGAAAACUACGUCGGCGUUGGCAUCAGCGUGUCCUUCAACUCCAAGGUCUUUGACGAGCAACAGAAGAUCCAGCAGCUGAGUGGUGGCCAAAAGAGUCUAUGUGCGCUCUGCCUAAUCUUCGCCAUCCAGCAGACCGAGUCAAGUCCAAUGGUUGUGUUUGACGAGGUCGAUGCCAACCUUGACGCGCAGUACCGGACGGCCGUGGCCAGCCUCCUGGACUCGAUAUCCAAGGAGCACAGCACGCAGUUCAUCUGCACCACCUUCCGGCCGGAGAUCGUGCUCGUUGCAGACAAGUGCUACGGAGUCACUUUCACCAACAAAACUAGCGCCAUAGACUGCGUUCCCACCGAGGCGGCCUUGAGCUUCGUUGAAGGGCAGCAAAAGAGGUGAUGUGGGAAGGAAAUGCCGCAGCAGGCGGCGGGGUUCUUUCCGUUGUGUAGAGUCAACGCGUACAUACAUACGUCUGCCAUGGAUUCCUGUUUUAUUUGCUUGGGCUGGGACGGGGUGGAGUUGUUGGCCACUUCACGAUGAUACCGAUUUGGUUGGCGCCGGGGAGAUUCAGGAUCUCAUCCAUUACUUUUUUUUCUUGGAGCCUGACUUCCGAGGUCACAUUUUUCUCAUAGUUGUCCCCACUUUUAUCUAUGUAUGGGCUGUAUAUUCUGCGCGUUCCUCGUCAUUUUUGCCUGCACAGAGGCCGCCUCGACGUGUGAGAGUUUCGUG